CCCGGCGCAAACGUGAGGCACUUCCGAGUGAGACUUGCGUACCUCCGGCCAAGAUGGCGGCGCCCUAUCGAGUCAGGUGCGCCCGAUCCUGUUCGUAGAAGCGUGGUGGUGGCUGCUUGAGGCCGGGCAAGCAGUCCCAGGAAUCCAUCCGGACGCCGGAGCUGCCACCGCGCUGACCAUCUUCCUUCAACGCUUCACCUUCCCUUCUCCACAUUCGGUCCAUGGCAGACAAGGGCUCGGGGGGCAGUCGCCUCCCCCUGGCGCUGCCGCCGCCGCCGCCCUCCCAGGGUUGCUCGUCGGGGGGCGGCGGCUCCUCAGCUGGGGGCUCAGGCAAUCCCCGACCUCCACGGAACCUCCAAGGCCUCCUGCAGAUGGCCAUUACCGCGGGCUCUGAGGAGCCAGACCCCCCUCCAGAGCCCAUGAGUGAGGAGAGGCGCCAAUGGUUGCAGGAAGCCAUGUCUGCUGCCUUCCGAGGUCAGCGAGAGGAGGUGGAGCAGAUGAAGAGCUGUCUUCGGGUGCUGUCCCAGCCUACGCCCCCAACAGCUGGUGAGACUGAGCUAGCCACUGACCAGCAGGAGCGUGAGGGGGCCCUGGAGCUGCUGUCUGACCUGUGUGAGAACAUGGACAAUGCUGCAGAUUUCUGCCAGCUCUCAGGAAUGCACCUGCUGGUAGGCCGAUACCUGGAGGCUGGGGCAGCAGGAUUGCGGUGGCGGGCAGCACAGCUCAUUGGCACAUGCAGUCAGAAUGUGGCGGCCAUCCAGGAGCAGGUAUUGGGCCUUGGAGCACUGCGCAAGCUGCUGAGGCUGCUUGACCGAGAUUCCUGCGACACGGUGCGCGUCAAGGCCCUCUUCGCCAUCUCCUGUCUUGUCCGGGAGCAAGAGGCUGGGCUGCUGCAGUUCCUCCGCCUGGAUGGCUUCUCUGUGCUGAUGCGGGCCAUGCAGCAGCAAGUGCAGAAGCUCAAGGUCAAGUCGGCAUUUCUACUGCAGAACCUGCUGGUGGGCCACCCUGAACACAAAGGGACCCUGUGCUCCAUGGGCAUGGUCCAGCAGCUGGUAGCCCUUGUGCGGACAGAACACAGCCCUUUCCAUGAGCAUGUGCUUGGAGCCCUGUGCAGCCUCGUGACAGACUUCCCCCAGGGUGUGCGUGAGUGCCGGGAGCCCGAGCUGGGUCUGGAGGAGCUGCUGCGCCACCGCUGCCAACUACUGCAGCAGCACGAGGAGUACCAGGAGGAGCUGGAAUUCUGUGAAAAGCUGCUACAGACCUGUUUUUCCAGCCCUACGGACGACAGCAUGGAUCGGUGAAACCAGGCAGCUUGUUGCACUCUGCUUCGGAGCCCCAGGCCUCCACUUCCCUCUCUCCCACGAUGCCCUCUUCCAAGGGACUGCGGGGCCCUGUGGGCACCUGGGCUUGGACAUGCCAGCUCUCCUUUGAGCAGCCUCUGAAAGGGGUGCCAGGAAAGGUGCUGGCUCCUUGGACCCCGCACCUCCCAUGCUUUUUCUCUCAUCCUUUCUUCUCAAGUCCACACUGCUCUCACAAUAAAGGUGUUUCUCCUUCCUUCCACUGCA